GUUGGCGUUGGGUGUCCAGACGGCCGCAGACGACAUCGACGACAUCGGUGACGGGGGUAAUGGCAGCGGCGGCAGCAGCAGUGGAGUCCCCGGUCGCCGCGAUGGCGUCGGGAAUUCAGACGGCCGCAGCGGCGGCGGUAGCGACAUCGGUGAUGGGGGUAACGGCAUCGGCGACAGCAGCAGCGGCGUCCCCGGUCGCCGUGUUGGCGUCGGGUGUCCAGACGGCCGCAAGGGCAGCGGCGGCGGCGGCGGCGGCGGCGGCACCGGUGACGAAGGUAUGUGACGAAGAGAUGGAGGAAGCGGUUGGUGCGACAAUCAUGCCAUUGCCAGUCCUCGAGGAGCUUGAUAGCCAAUGUGCUGGGGGGGACGUGAGCAACAGCAGCAUCAGUAGCAGCAGUAGCAGCAGCUGCAGCAGCGAGGACAGCGGCGGCGAUGGGAGCGGGGACGAGGGGUUGGAUGAAAUAUGGAGUGGAGCCCCGAUGCAUCCUUUCGACCCCGGGAAGGCUGAGGGGAACGUGAGCAGCGGCAGCGGCAGCAGCAGUAGCGGCAGGAGCGAGGAAAGCGGUGGUGAUGGCAGCGGGGAUGAGGGGUUGGAUGAAACCUAGAGUGGAGCCCCGACGCACCCCUUCGACCCCGGUACGACAUCUUCGCGUGGCGUGAGGAGACGGGGGGCGGUACCAGGGGUAGCGUACCCCUUCGAUAGGGGCAGGAACGGGAAGCUCCGGCGGCGACACCGGCGGCAGCGGGAGUAGCGACGGGAGUGGC